AUGCCUCCUGGUUCAUCGCACCUCUGCCAGCCGUUGGAUGUCUCUUAUUUUGCACCUCUUAAGAAGGCAUAUUACGGUUUGGUGGAACGCCUUGCACGUGCCCGAUAUUUAAAGAUUAAUAAAGGCGAUUUCUUAGAGAAGUAUCCAAAGGCCCAUACUAUGGCGUUCAAGGAAGCCAAUAUACGGAGUGCCUUUAAAGCUUCAGACUUAGUUCCGUACGAUCCAAACCAGAUGCUUGACAAGCUGAUUUAUAAGAAUUUUGAUAGCCGGCCAAGCAGCCAAGACUCUCGGUCAACAAUCUCAAAGACGCCUGUUAAUACAAAUCAGUUUAAGAAGCAAGAGGCAAGGCUUGAACAACUGCUUAGUAGUGUAGCUGAUACACCAAUGAAGUCAGCCUUGGACUACGUCUUCAAAGGCGCUGAGAUGGCGUUAAACCGGGCGGUUUUGUUGGAACAGGAAGUUCGAGAACUCCGCUGGGCAAAUGAGAGGUUAAACACCAAGAAACGACGAAGAAAUAAGCAGCUUACAGGCCUUAACGGCUUCACUGUUAACGAAGCAAGGGAGGCAUUCCAACGCGA